UUAUGUUAAUCUCAUUCUGAGUAAAUCCAGUUUUUGUUUUUAAAGUUUGCCGGAUCGUUCACUGCUUCCCUAGCACUCGUUAUUUGGAGAAACCAAGCUACUUAGACAGCACUUAGCGCUGUACUUGGAAUUUGACAGCAGCUACCGUGUUUCAUUCAGUAACGCCCAUUUCCCCCCCGGAAAUUACAUUUCGCAUUUAAUCUCUUGAGACUCAAGUUUUUUUUGACGAAACUGUUGAUUCGCGCAGGAUUUUGUCAAAUGAAGACACCGGGCCUAACGAACGUGUAGCUUGACUGAAGCCCUAUACACCUUUUGAGUAACUGGACUCCAGGGCUCGAGGCCUUGGUUACCACACCAGGAGCGCAGUGCCAGUUUAACCCACUCACUGUAGAGACAGUCUGCCAGAGAGCCACGAUGGACACAGCUAGCCAUAGCCUUGUCCUUCUGCAGCAGCUGAACAUGCAGCGAGAAUUUGGUUUUCUGUGUGAUUGCACAGUUGCCAUUGGAGAUGUUUACUUCAAAGCCCACAGAGCAGUUCUUGCUGCUUUUUCUAACUAUUUCAAGAUGAUAUUUAUUCACCAAACAAGUGAAUGCAUAAAAAUACAACCAACUGACAUCCAGCCCGACAUAUUCAGCUAUUUGUUGCACAUUAUGUACACGGGGAAAGGGCCAAAACAGAUUGUGGAUCACGGUCGUUUGGAGGAAGGGAUUCGAUUUCUUCACGCCGACUACCUUUCUCACAUUGCAACAGAAAUGAAUCAAGUGUUCUCACCAGAGACUGUGCAGUCCUCAAAUUUGUAUGGCAUUCAGAUCUCAACGACCCAAAAAACAGCUGUCAAACCAGGGCUGGAGGUCAAAGAAGCUCCUUCCAACAACAGUGGCAACAGAGCUGCUGUCCAGGGUGACCACCCCCAGUUGCAGCUCUCUCUUGCUAUUGGGCUGGAUGAUGGCACUGCAGAGCAGCAGAGGGCCCAUCCUGCCGCCCAGGCCUUGGAGGAGCACCAGAAGCCCCCAGUGUCCAUCAAGCAGGAGAGAUGUGACCCAGAAUCUGUGAUCUCCCAGAGCCACGCCUCACCCUCAUCAGAGGGGACAGGUCCCACUUUCACCGAAAGCAGUAUCAAAGUACACUUAUGCCAUUACUGUGGGGAACGUUUUGAUUCCCGAAGUAACCUAAGGCAACAUCUCCAUACCCAUGUGUCUGGAUCCCUCCCAUUUGGUGUCCCUGCUUCCAUUCUGGAAAGCAAUGACCUUGGUGAAGUGCAUCCACUUAAUGAAAAUAGUGAGGCUCUUGAAUGCCGCAGGCUCAGCUCCUUCAUUGUCAAGGAGAAUGAGCAGGAGCCUGACCACUCAAACCAGGGGGCCACAGAGCCCCUGCAGAUCAGUCAAGUGUCUUUGAUUUCCAAAGACACAGAGCCAGUAGAAUUAAACUGUAAUUUUUCUUUUUCAAGGAAAAGAAAAAUCAGCUGUUCCAUUUGUGGUCAUAAAUUUCUCCGAAAAAGCCAAUUGCUAGAACACAUGUAUACGCACAAAGGUAAAUCGUACAGAUACAACCGAUGCCAAAGGUUUGGCAAUGCGUUGGCCCAGAGGUUUCAGCCAUAUUGUGACAGCUGGUCUGAUGUCCCCCUGAAAAGUUCUCGCUUGUCACAAGAACAGUUAGAUUCAUCUUGUGCCUUAGAGUCAGAGCUCCCACAAGAAAAUGUGGACACUAUCCUUGUGGAGUAGCAGUUUCUCCUUCACGAUUUUUAUAUCCAUUCUGAAAAAGAAAAUUCACAUACAUUUUUAUUCAUAAAUUAUUUUCCUCCUCAACUUCUUUUAACUUUUUUCCUUACCAUUGAUCCAGUUUUAAGGUUGUAUAUAUUAGGUCUUCUUAUUGUAAGAUACAUAUGGCUAUUAAAAGGUAACCUUCAAGUAGAGUUAUGAACAAUCAUAAAUCACAGUUCAGAAAUCAGAAGUCAAUGUAGGAACUGUGGAACUUUAGAGUUAAUAUUUAUAGAAUUUUUAAGUUGUAGAAUCAGUAAAACCGAACUGAAAAUGAAGUAAAUGAAAUAUUUUUUAAAGAAUAUUCUAGACUAUCAGUUUUGGCUAAUUUUUCACAUGAAUAUGCCACUAUGAAGACUAUUUAAAAAUAUUUUUGGCCAUAUAGGAAGUUAACGUUAUUUUAAUGCAUAACUAUAUGUUAUAAUGUAUACAGAUUUUGUUUUAAGGCAUAGUUAUAAUAAAAGUAGCUUUAAAAUCACUUUUUACUUAUUAGCUCUACAGCAUCUUACAUGGCUUUUUAAAUUUUUUUUACAUUGAACAUACCUCAUUUUUAAUA